AUGGAAAACUUGCAGGCCAGUUUCUCCUUGGUUCAAAAUUCAGGCAAAAAACUGAAGGAGAUGGAAGACGAUGACAGCCCUCCGGUGAAAAAAAUGAUGACAGACAGUCAUGCACAUGGAAAAAUGCUGCUGAAUAAGGUGUCAACGGUCAAGAAAGAGCAUUUGGAUGGUUAUGGAGGGGCACCAGUGGGAAUGGAUGAGGACCAUGUCAAGCAAACUUGUGCCUCUGGGCCUGAGCCUUUAAGUUUAAAUCCCAGUUUGAAACACACAUUGGCGCAAUUCCAUUUAAGUAGUCAGAGUUCAUUAGGAGGACCAGCGGCAUUUUCCGCUCGGUAUUCCCAAGGAAGUAUGUCACCUACUGUGUUUCUCCCUCUACCGUCUCCUGAAGUUCUUCCUGGCCCACUGCUCAUCCCUUCUGAUAGUUCCACUGAACUCACCCAGACUCUGUUGGAGAGGGAAUCUAUUUCUUGUUUUCAGGUUGGAGGAGAAAAGAGACUCUGUCUGCCCCAGGUCUUAAAUUCUGUGCUCCGAGAGUUUUCCCUCCAGCAAAUAAACACAGUCUGUGAUGAACUAUACAUAUACUGUUCAAGGUGUACUUCAGAGCAGCUUCAUAUCUUAAAGGUCCUGGGAAUACUCCCCUUCAACGCACCAUCCUGUGGGCUGAUCACGUUAACUGAUGCACAGAGACUAUGUAAUGCGUUAUUACGACCUCGUACUUUCCCUAAAAGUGGUAGCAUGCUUCCUGUUAAAACCUCAUUGGCCCAGUUAAAGGAAACUGGCAGUGCCUUUGAAGUGGAACAUGAAUGCUUGGGCAAAUGUCAGGGUCUGUUUGCACCCCAGUUUUACGUUCAGCCAGAUGCUCCCUGUAUUCAGUGUCUGGAAUGCUGUGGAAUGUUUGCACCUCAGACGUUUGUGAUGCACUCACACAGAUCACCUGACAAGCGCACUUGCCACUGGGGCUUUGAAUCAGCCAAAUGGCAUUGUUACAUUCAUGUCAACCAAAAAUACUUAGGAACACCCGAAGAAAAGAAAUUGAAGAUCAUCUUAGAGGAAAUGAAGGAGAAAUUCAGUACGAAAAGUGGACAGAGAACUCAAUCCAAGAUGGAUACAUCAUCAGAAAUGGACUUAAGGUCCUGGUACCCUGUUAUAAAGCAGGAAGGUGAAGAUGUUUCUCCGACACACUCAUUUUUGCACCCUAGCUACUAUUUAUACAUGUGUGACAGAGUGGUUGCUCCGAACGUGUCUCUUACUUCUGCUGGACCCCAGUGUAAAGAUGUUACAAAGACAGAGGCCAGUAAGUCCAUCCCCAGACAGUCCGAGAAGCUGCACGGCGCCGACAGAAAGCAGAAGCCGGGCUCCUACCCGGACGUGUCACUCGAGGAACAGGAGAAGCUGGAUGUGAAAGCAAGUAGAGAAUUAGAUAACCAUUUUGAUCCAUCAAUCUCAAGUAGUCCUAUAAUUAAAAAAUUCAAGUCUGCUGCUAGCAGCUUAGUGAGAGACACUAGCAAAGAAGAAAUUGGUCAAGAUGCUGCAGCUUUAUCUCCACUUCUUGAUAAGGAUGUCAUUUGUGAGGAUGAUAAAGGGAAAAUUGUGGAAGAAGUAAUGAAAACUUUUGUAAAACAACAGGAAAAAUUGAACUCAAUUUUGCAGAAGAAGCAACAACUUAAGAUGGAAGUGGAAAUGUUGAGUAGUUCAAAAACUAUGAAGGAGCUCACAGAAGAACAACAGAAUUUGCAGAAGGAGCUGGAAUCUUUGCAGAAUGAACAUGCUCAAAGAAUGGAAGAAUUUUAUAUUGAGCAGAGAGACUUGGAGAAAAAACUAGAGCAGGUGAUGAAGCAAAAGUGUACCUGUGACUCAAAUGUUGAAAAUGACAGAGAGGCUGAAUAUGCGGCACAGCUGGCAGAGCUGCGGCAGAGACUGGACCACGCGGAGGCUGACCGGCAGGAGCUGCAGGAUGAGCUCCGGCAGGAGCGGGAGGCGAGGCAGAAGCUCGAGAUGAUGAUCAAAGAGCUCAAGCUGCAGAUUUUAAAAUCCUCCAAGACGGCUAAAGAGUAG